CCGGAAGUGAGAUGCAGGACAGUAACUAUCAACAUGACACGCGAUAAUAAAGCCUGAAGAAGAGUCUUUACAUUCUUCAGCAGAUAACUGAGAUGACACUGCUGCUGUAAAAGCUUUAGCGCCUAUUAAGGGCACAUCUCACGUUAAAUUUACCCCAGACUGCAGCGCGACACGGAGCUGAAUAUAGUCCAUUAUGAGUGUUGAACCGGUUAACUGCACUAUAAAGUCACCGGUCCCUUUGCAGAUCGGAGACGCUGUGUCUGAUUUAUCACGCCCUGGCGUCUAUAUAACCGACAUCAUCCUCUCAGAACCUGUUAAUAUUCAGGAAAUCUCUUUUAAGAACUACUACACGGCGUAUCUGACGGUCCGUGUUCAGCGGAGGGAGGAAGGUCGUGCUAAAUGGGUCACCUGUCUGAAAAAUCACCCCCUCAUGGACAACCCACACACGGAGGCUGGAUCGCAUGACUAUUUCUCCAUCUACAGGCAGCAGAUGUCAUCUGUACCUGAUAAUGUGAUGGCGGUUCGACUCAUCUCACGACAGCCCUCUUCAGAAUGGCUUCAUUUUAGCAUUGAAGAGAUUAACAUUUAUCCAUGUAAUAAAGAGGACUCUGAACGGGACGUUCCUGUCUGGUUAUCUACUCUUACACCUGUCGAGGCACCUGUUGAUUUGAAAGGGCUUCCUGACCCGGAGACAGUUUCCUCCAGUAUUCAGCAGAUGUGGGCGCUGACAGAGAUCAUGCAGGCGAACCAGAACGCGGCUUCAAUUGGUCGCUUUGACGUGGAUGGCUCUUAUGAUGUAAAAUUACUCUCUUAUACAUAACAGGGCUAAUAAAAGAUUAAAUCUGUUUGCGUAAAGUAUUAUGUCUUGAGAUGUUUCAUCCAGUAUUGGUUCCUCUACAGUAUACUGUAUGUACUGUAGAUAUAAUAUGAUACUGCUGUAUGCCUUUUACUAUUUAUUUUAAGGCUCCAAGUGCUUUCCUCCUUUAGUGCGACUGUAAAGUAGGUCAUUUGCUUUAAUGAGCCUCUCAGCAAUAUACUGUAAUAAAUACCAUGAACUAGUCUGAAAUGUAUUUACUGUAUUACUAUACCUUUUGUGCCUGUUUUAAGGAUUCCCAUAAGUGUUGAUUCCCAAGCCUGGAAACUAUUAAAAUAACAAAACUGUG